GCGGGCCCGCGUCAAAGGCAAGUGAAGGUGGAAGCGACCGCGGAGGCCUCGGCAGAUCGAGGAUUGAGAACUCUGACCUCUUAAUUCCACUGCAUUCAGCCAAUAGGAGCCCAGCUAUCAUGGCGGAGCUGCAGGAGGUACAGAUCACAGAGGAGAAGCCACUGUUGCCAGGACAGACACUUGAGGCGGCCAAGGAGGCUGAGUUAGCUGCCAGAAUCCUCCUGGACCAGGGACAGACUCACUCUGUGGAGACACCUUAUGGCUCUGUCACUUUUACUGUCUAUGGCACCCCCAAACCUAAACGUCCAGCGAUAUUCACCUACCACGAUGUGGGACUCAACUAUAAAUCUUGUUUCCAGCCACUGUUUCAGUUCGGGGAUAUGCAGGAAAUCAUCCAAAACUUCGUUCGGGUUCAUGUAGAUGCCCCUGGAAUGGAAGAGGGGGCUCCUGUGUUCCCUUUGGGAUACCAGUAUCCAUCUCUGGACCAGCUUGCAGAUAUGAUCCCUUGCAUCCUGCAGUACUUAAAUUUCUCUACAAUAAUUGGAGUUGGUGUUGGAGCAGGAGCCUACAUCCUGUCACGAUAUGCUCUUUCCCACCCAGAUUCAGUUGAAGGUCUUGUUCUCAUCAACAUUGAUCCCAAUGCCAAGGGCUGGAUGGACUGGGCAGCCCACAAGUUAACCGGCCUCACCUCUUCCAUUCCGGAGAUGAUCCUUGGACAUCUUUUCAGCCAGGAAGAGAUAUCUGGAAAUUCUGAGUUGAUACAAAAGUAUAGAAAUACCAUUACGCAUGCACCUAACCUGGAGAACAUUGAACUGUACUGGAACAGCUACAACAACCGCCGAGACCUGAACUUAGAGCGCGGUGGUGAGAUCACUCUCAAGUGUCCUGUGAUGCUGGUGGUAGGAGAUCAAGCACCCCAUGAAGAUGCAGUGGUGGAAUGCAACUCAAAACUGGACCCUACCCAGACCUCGUUCCUUAAGAUGGCUGACUCUGGAGGUCAGCCUCAGCUGACUCAGCCAGGCAAGCUGACUGAGGCCUUCAAGUACUUCCUGCAAGGCAUGGGCUACAUGGCCUCAUCUUGUAUGACUCGUCUGUCCCGGUCUCGCACAGCCUCUCUGACCAGUGCAGCAUCCAUUGAUGGCAACCGGUCCCGCUCACGUACCCUGUCCCAGAGUAGUGAGUCUGGGACUCUUCCUUCAGGGCCCCCAGAGCACACUAUGGAGGUCUCCUGCUGAGGGACCUUUAUUGCCCUGAUGUGGGACCCAACCCUCACCUCCCACAGCACUAACCUGGGAGGUACAUAAGGGCAUUGGGCCAGAGUAAGCAGGGAAAGUAGGCAGGUCAUGCAGGAAGAUGAUCUUGACAUUUGAAUGCUAUCCUAACCUUGACCUUUAACCUGUGAUUUCCCCAGUUCCUGGGAGAAAUGUCCUAAUAUCUCUUAGGGACCCAGACCCCUAAAUUAUCUCCUCUCCCAUUUUGGUGUUAAAGAGGAGAAGGCAUGUAUUCUCCCUGAUACAGGUGUCCAUAGAUGAGGGAUAAGAGGUUUUUGUAGUUGUCAUGAUGCCUCCAUCAGCCUCUCUCUACUUAUCCCAUAUUUGCAAGGUUAGGGCAUUGGGGCUGGGGCUCCAUUCACCAAAGCUGGUAUAGCUUUCCAUGAUCUCUGUAGGCCUCUGAAGGAAAUGGGCCUAAAUGGAUGAAUAUCAAGGGGAGGCUUGCUGGUGGGUCUGUGAUCCUCAUGAUGUGACAAGAAUAUCCAGUAUGCAAAAAGGAAAUUGGAAUGGGAGAUGGUGGGUGAUGAUUGAGUAUGGUAGAAGGAUUGGAGCUGGAGCAAUAGGAGGGGCCUGGGGCCAUUUGGCUUCACUAACUUUGGUAGCUAUGAGUGUGUGUCUAGAGUGGGAUGGAGGAGGGAACCAAACUUGGGUCAGGCUCUUGGGACAUGGUGUAAGGGUGGGAAGGGCUACUCUGGGGCUCUGACCAAACUGUAUUAUGUAUGGAAGGUUGCCUUCUGUCUCCCACUUCUGCUGUGACAAUAAACUAGAGAAAUCUGAGCACCA